AUGACAGCGGGUAAAACUAAACCGGCUGAAAUAGAAAUUGGCGUGAUGAGGAAACGUCAAUCACAAAACAGCGGUCAGUUUUUUUAAAAUGUAAUUUCAAAGUUUUUCGAGGAUUUUUUGGUUCCAUAAAAGUGAAAAAAGAACAAUACCAAUAUCAUAACAAAAUUUUUUGAGUUUUCAAACAGAUUUUAUAGUGACACACAUUUUUUUAAACCUGGUAUCUUCAGAAACAGUAGAAAAAGCUCCUUCCGAAGAUUCGCUCACAGAUCAACAUCCUUUGAUGCCGAAAGGUUGGUGUUUCAUCCUAGAAAAAGUAUUAUUCAAAAAGUUUUUUUCUAUGAAAAACAACAAAAAAAUUUUUUUGUAAGAAAGUAUCUUUUUGGUUUGCUGAUGGAAAAUGCGCUCUAAGGAGACGACCAAAUAUUUUUUUAAAAUAGAUUUUUCAAAAAGAAGUGUAUGCGAAGAUUAUUUCGUAAAAAUUUUGAGGUUUGGAAAAUAAUGACCAAAUUAGUUAUUUAUCUCGUUUUAUUUUUUUAAAACUCAUUCGAUUGAUCAUAAAAAAACUGCACAAAUUUCAAAUUUCAAAUUUUUCGAUAGAGAUUUUAAUUCUCAAAUUUUUUUGAAAAAUAGAUCUAGUUAUAUGCCGUAAAACUUUUUCAGACAAAGAAAACCAUGUGUCAGACGUGAAACCGCAGCCGGAUCGCCUUGACAGGCAGCAAAUAAAUCCGAAAACGCCGGAAAUCGCCGUCGUUUCUGUAGUUUCGGCCAACCAGGUUUCUAAUUUUUGCCUUUUUUUUUGCUUUGUUUUUGUUUUCUGGCAAAGACUUUGAUAUGUUUCUCAUGAUGUUUUGGGCUUUUUCGACAAAUAUUUUUAAGACGCUAAACUUUCGAACUUUUUUUCAAAUUUUUAAAUUUUCAUUUCCCAAAGUACUGAAUUUAAAAAAAUUUGCGAAGCGAAGUUUUUUUCAUCAAAAAGGUUUGCCUAACUAGUGAGAAAACUACCAAAGCUCUAAAAACCGAAAAACCUCGUGUUCCUAGCUGAACUUUGUGUGUUCGGGUUGCCUAAUAAGGUGUGCCAGUUCAAAAAAAUUAGCUUUAUUAAUUUGAUUGCUUUUUUUAUUUGGUCCUUGUCUGAGUUUAUAAUUAUUUUUAUUUUUAUAAUCAUUUGAAACUUUCGUUUUCAUGAGACAUCAAACACUGAAAAAAAUAUUUUUUUCAUGUACUUUCAUUAGAUAUGAAACGAUUUUUUUCACAUUACCUGCAAAACUUUCAAAUUUUUUUAUGAGCUUUAUCUUAUAACAAAGACACUUCACAACUUUUAAUACUUAUUAAAUUGGGUUCCUCUCACUUUUAAGUGGACAGUUGAAAAAGCUUUUUAUUUAUUAUUAUUUUUUUGUUUUGAGGUCAAAGUUUUUUUCUCUCACUGAUUUGCCAGGAAACGAGAAAGAAAAAGAAAUGCGAAUUUAUGUGCUGUCAAAUGCUGUCAAACCGGAGACUACUAAAUAUCAACUGAAUUUAUGGCUUUUUUGAUAAAAAAACUGCAGAAAAAAAGCUGUCAUCUUAUGACGGCAACCGUUAUCUUUGCAUUGCCAACGCAAUUAACUAAGACAAAAAAAGUGUAGGCACGUGAAUGAAGCCUUUUCUGAGGUUCGGCGCCGAAGUUUGGACGACGACCUGACGUUAUCGUCUUAUCGGCGUCUCCACACUUAUCUGCGCGGUUCUCAACGCCUUAUUUCGUUUUUUCGAGGCUCGGCCUGUCGAGACACCUAACCUAGGCUCAGCAUUCAAUUCUAAUUUUUUGACGUAUUAACUAUCAAAAAGCUUAGAAGAAGACCAUUUUCAGACUUUUUUAAUCAUCCGUUUCCUUUUUUGUUUCAUAAUUCCUCUGAAUCGCCUAUUUAACAUGUAAAAUGAUAUCUUCCGGCCGAAAGGCGUCCAAAACCAGAGGUUAAAAGAAAAUGUCGAGAAGUGAGUCAUGUUUCGCCUUCGUUCUUGAAGAGCAAACUGUCGUAUUCUUAUAAAUUUCAGUACGUAUCUCGGAAAAUAACGUCUUAUUUGAUGAAAAAAAUUUUAGGAUCUUUUUAAAAGGUUUUUUUGUUCUGUUUUGAGUAUGCAUUACACUGACUUUUCCAUAAGCUGCAAAUAAAAUACAAUGCUUCUAAUACUAACCUUUUUCAGUUUUUUUAAAAAAACUUUUUAGUUUAUUAAAAAAAUAAAAGUAAAUUUCCAAAAGUAAAUUAUUUGAACCACAUUUGCGAUUUUUUUGAAUGCCUAAGUUCUGUAAGAUUUAGUUGAAUUUUUUUACAAGAAUUCUGUUCAAUUACAAGUGACUAUUCGAACAAAUUGAAAAAAUUCUCUCUUAGCGAUUUCAAAGAGAGAAAAACGCCCGAGGUAAAGAAAUGAUUUUUGAACGCCCUUCUGAACGUUUUUUUCACAUGCAAAGUUCCAACCAACCCAGACUAGACCCCCAAAGAAAAAACCAAAAUAAACAUCGCCGUGCUCUUUGUCGUACUUUGAAGUCUACAGAGUGAACAGAAUCUUCUCUGUUAUUUUGCAACGGCUCCAUCUGUUGUGUUGUACUUCAUUGCAAAAUUUUUUUCACAGUGCUCAAGUUCUUACCUAUCUUUGCCCUCUUUCGAUUUAAAAGUGUUCAAAACAAACCUAACCUGACAUUUCAUGUUCGUCUUUGCUUUGGACUACCGUUUCUUGCGCUUCCUAAGUUGGAUUUCAAAUUUUUAACUUGUCCGUUGGUUGAAUUUUUUGAUGCUGAUUGUGGUGUCGUAACUUCUGAGCAGACGUGAAAGAACGGUGAAAGUGUAGGUUGCUCCAAUGAUUUCCGACGUCGCAAUUAUCGAAGAGGAUUCUGAAGAAGGAACUUCUCAGCAGAACUCGCCGAUUUCCGAAGAUUCAACUCUCAACGACUCGUCUCGAUCUUCCAAAGUCAAAUAUGUGGUAAUGCGCUACAGUGCGAUCAGCGACAGCUUGUCGGGUUGUUUGGUGGAGCUUCGGAAAACACAGGCCUUAGGUUUCUAUGCAACUCGUUUUUUAGCGACAGGCCUACUUUCAGUUCAUUGUAACUUUGUGAUAGACAGUUUUUCUUGUGCAGAUUAGUUUAAUCUGUGUUGGAAAAUGAGUUUUUACAAUUUCUUUAUGUUUGAAUAGAGUAGUUAGUAAACUUUGUCGAAGCUCGCUUUAAUUUCCGUUAACUAGUCAAGAAACGUACUCAAAAUUGGAAAAAAAGACAUUUUUCAGGAUCCUUUGAACAACGAGAGUUUUUUUCAAAAUAAUUUUUUUAGUUUUUUUCCAAACAGUAUCAAGCACCCUCUUUUUGGGGGCGUAUUUUACCGUCUUCAAAAACGGCAGGACGCCCCCAAAUUCGCAAAAGCAAAAAAGCGCAAUUUCAACUUUAUCUUUUUUUCAGAGGGGAAUUUACAUCUCCCGUAGUGUAGCCUUGAUUUCAUGAUUUGAACUAAAAUAUGAGUCCAUUUUCAUUUGUGCAAGAUGAAAACUCCCUUCACUUCACAUUGAAUUGGACCGCAUCCAUUUAUCAAAGUACUCCGAGACCGUUACAACUGAAUAAAUCAAUGAAAAGUCGGAAAAGUGGUCAUAGUCUUCUCAGACACGAAAUACGGAGUACUGAUAACAACCAAAGAGUGAAACUUGAGAUAUUUAAUGACCUAGUAUAUCAAAGAGUUUCCAGAUAGUGUCGGACCGAUGCGCUCACUGCAAUCAGCCAGAGGAGUUGCUGAAGUUGAAGGGGACGCCCAUCGAAGAUCCCAAGCAUGACAUCUCGUUCGUUUAUUUUCAUUUUUGAAGGGUUUGGAAAAUGAUACAACGAUAAAAUCUAUUGAAAAGCUUCAAAAACACAAGAAAAUUUCAAAAAUACUAAAGUUUUACGCAGAGCAUCACGAAAAGACACGUUUCGCAAAUUUUUAAAAAGUUUGAUCAAAUGUACUUUGGUCACCCCUGGACAUAGUUUGAAAAAAAUGUUUCGCUUUUUGGUUUUUUUAGUAAAGUUAUAAGACCUCAAAUAUGUCCAAUUUUUUUCCAAUGCAAUGAUGGAAUUCAGAUUUUAGAGUUAAAUCAAAAAGUUGAAAACGUGAUAAUCAUUUUUUUGAAGCUUGAUCAAAGUUCAAAGUACAAAGUUUGUGUUUGAAAAUUUAAAUUUUUCUUUAAAACUUUUUUUCUCGACAUCUCAAGUCUAAUAUAAAUGAAUUUUUUCAGCCGCUACCAGAAACGACUCUUGGUUCAAAUCCUCAUUUCGAUCGUCUACUUCCUGAUUGAGCUGAUCGUCGGACUCAUCCGUGGUUCCAUCGCUCUUCUGGCCGACAGUUAUCACAUGAUGGCUGAUGUGAUGGCUUUGAUCGUUGCUUACACAUGUAUCCGGGUCAGUUACACUCCAGAAAAAGGUCAUCUAAAAAAAGUUCAGAUGGCAAAGCGUCCUUCUACUUCCAAUACUUACGGGCUGGUCCGCGCUGAGGCUGUUGGAGGCUUCGCCAACGGAAUUUUUCUCACUUCCGUUUCACUGAGCAUUCUCCAAGAAGCUUCUGGUCGUUUAAUGCAUCCCAUUCAGAUUCAGGAACCGAUGCAGGUAAAAUCAUGAAAAUUUCGAAAAUUUAGUUUGAGAGAAAUUGAAAAUCCGUUUUGAAGAUUUUUUUGGAAGCUCAAAAUAAAUUCUUCUGACUAAAUAAUAAUAUUUUUUUUUAAACGCCUAACCUAACCACUAGACCACAUGGGAAUAUAUUCCAUGAUUCAGCAGAUACAUGAUUACUCUGAGGACUGAAUAAAUGUUAAAUGUUAAACGCCGAAGUUUCAGUAGACUAAAACUUUAAAAUCAGUUUUGACAGUUUUUCCGCUUUUCUGAACUCUUUAAAUCAAAAGCAAGACUGUAAAAAUGGAUUUUUUAAAUUUAAAAUCUCCAGGUUUUCGUUGUUGGAGCUUUUGGAUUGCUGAUCAACGUCAUCGGUCUGAUCAUGCUGAAAGGCCAGGGACACGGUCACAGUCACGCUGGUGGCGGUCAUGGACAUUCUCACGAUGACUCUCAUUCCCAUAGCCAUGGACAUAGUCACGACCAUGAACAUGGCCAUGGACACGGCCAUUCCCACUCCAACGGAAAGAAGAAGGUGGCUCAAUUUCUUUUUUUUUCCAUACAACUCAAAAAUUUCUAGAAACACGACCAUUGCAAGCCGGAUCAGACAGCGCUUCUCCUUGAGAAGUAUCCGCAUGUUGAAGAUGUUGAGGUCAACGAGAAGAACAGCAUCGCGUUGAAGAACAAGUACUCGAGAUCUAGUACGUUGGAGUCGAGAAAAAUGACCGGAGGAGCGCCUGGAAUUCCUUAUGCUCUUGUAAGUUACUUGAACCAAUUUUUCACGAAGUCAGGUGGACCAUUUUGACAUUUCAAUUCCAGUUUUUUAGGGUUACGCCACCGAAAUACUUGACAAUUCCAGCGUUACUGAUGAGAGCUUGGCUAACUUGGAAGAUGGUAACAUUUUCUGACUUUUUUUUGGUUUUAGGAGCUCAAAAUUCUAGGUAAAGGCACCCACAGAGUCCUGAGAAAGAAACACGCCAAUGUCAACGCACAUGGCGUCUACCUGCAUCUGUUGUCGGAUGCUAUAGGCUCCAUCAUUGUCAUCGUUACGGCUGCUCUUCUAUUCUUCUUCCCUGGAGCCCCUUGGACGCUUUAUCUCGACCCCGCUUUAAGGUUUGGCUACUACUUCAUGUUUAAUGAUAGAUUUGAUGAAGAUAAAAAAAUAAAACUUGUUUACAAAGCUAUACGAGCAUUAGAAAGGUCACUAUCUAUUUUUAAAAAGCAAAGAUAGGCGAAACUCCAAAAUUUCCAUAAGCUUUUUACUGACAGUUUAUGUGCGAGAAAAACACUAAAAAAUACGCGAAAAACACGGCUGAAAGAUUCGGCAAGGUUCCGAAGUUUUUUUGUGUUUUUAGUUGGAAAAGUCUGGUGGCUGUUAAACAAAAGGUCAAAUUUAUUUAAAAAAAUCGAAGACCUCACUUGAUUCUUUUAAAACAAAUUGGACGAAUUCGUAGGAGUUUCGAAUUCCAAAGUAAAUAAAUCGCUUCCUGAGCGAUCGUUUUUGAAAAACGGUUUAGGCACACAAAAAAAUGUAGUUGGAACAAAUUUCAAACUUCUAAUAACUUUCAUUUGAUUUUUCAGUCUUUUCCUCGCUUCGCUCAUCGGCGUCUCGGCCUCCAAGCUCAUAUAUUCCUCUGCCUUGAUCCUUCUCAUGGACAAGCCGGCCGACGUUGAUUGCGACCAUAUCAGCAGGGACUUGAACAAGGUCUUUCUCAAAAAAAACUUUUCAUCCAUGAUAAACAAAAUUUUCAGAUCAACGGCGUCGCAAAAGUUGGAAAGCUCGAAGUUUUGUCUUUGACAGGAACUCGUUUGAUGGCUACCGCGGAGGUGAAUUUUUUUGUCAUAAAUAGAAAAAGAAAUUCUUCGUAUCUUAAAAUAGAUCUGAAAAACUUGUUCAAUUGCAUUAUCAAUAUUUAUAAAUAGGAAAAACAUGCAGAAAAUGAAAGAAAUUUGUCCGAACCUUCUUAUGAAAAACAAGAAUAUCGUUAUAUUGAAUUUUCAAAAGGAUUCGUUCAAAAUGUCUACCUGAGUGUGCAAAAAACCGUAUAAAUUGGCAAAAGAAGAUAUUUUCCUAAUGAAAAGAUCGGAAAACUAAACUGAGCUUUUCACUAUCCUAGAUUUUUGUGUUAACUUCAAAAUUUCCAGGUCACUUUCUGUCAUCCUGCCGUUCUUACCACAGCCGUUUACAACGUCCGCAAAUACUUCCACGAUCUUGGUAUCCAUUCUCUCACGGUCGAUGCGGAAUUCAUGGUAAAUCCUCUUCUGAACCUUCCCAGCCAAUCAUUGACUUUUUCAGGAUGAAUGUAUGGAUUCCUUGGUUAUGUUACCAACUACAGUCGAUGAUUCAGUGGCUGGCCACUCAAAACUCGAAUAA